UGGACCCUCUCGCAGGCCUUAUGUUUGACACCACUGACCUAUGCUAUGGGUUGCCAAUAGAAAACAUGGCUGGCUAAUUUGUCAAAUUGGAUAUUGCCCAAUUACCAUUGCAGCCAAAACAUUAAAAUGUGUGUGUGAGAGAGAGUGAGUUUGAAGGGACCAAGCAAAGCCUUCCUGCAACGCAGGAAGAAGAGGGCCAGCAGCAGACGCUGGGCUGUUAUGAGUAAACGGCUUCAAGAAACACCUAAGCCCAUCAUCACACCUGUAAUCACACAACUUGGAAAUUGUGACCUAAUCACCCAAACCAGUCCAGUUCCUUUGCUAGGUGUCAGAGGGUUGCUGCUGGCAUUUGGCAAGGUAUGCCAAAUCUGGAGGAACUGCCUGAGCCAGUCAUUUUCUGGAUUCUUGAAAACAUUUUUCUUCUGGCGGGGGUAUGCCAAACAAUUCGAGACCCUCCAGAAUCAAAUGGCUGAGCUGCAGAGGGAGAUGGAUGCCUUGCAUUCUGCUCUUCAGCAGGGGGGUAGCACUGCAUGCCACUGCCAUGGGACUGUGGCUGGUGGUUUAGUCCGUACAAUGUUCCCUACUGCUCCCCUUCUUUCGUUGGGCUGUGGGUCCAGUGUAAACCCUCUCCCUGCUCUCACACCACCAGUCCCAGCCCCACCACCACCACCACCACCACCACCACCUCCUCCUCCCCUAUCUACCACUUUUCUGCAACCCUACGUCCCUAAAAAAAGAGUGGCCUCCAAUGCUCAAUACAGCUCCAAGGAGAAGCAGGACAUACUGGUGGCCGUGACCCUCAGGGAUUUACAGACUGUUAAACUGAGAAAGGUCAUUGUCAGCAGUGUGAAAUCAAAGAGGACUCCAGAGAAGAUACGUGCCCCUCUGGUCACUGUGGCAGACCUGCAGAAUGUCCGUCUGAAACGAUCCCACUGCCAACUGCCCCCUAAGCUCCCCAAAUGCCUUAGCGCUGGCAGAACACCUUCUAAAAACCCCAUGAGUCUGCGUACACAGCUGAAGAGGGUUCAAAUCAAUAGGAGUCCUGGUGGUACUCCUCUGUUUGACAAGGAGAAUAUGGGGGCAGGCACUGGCCUCACCCCCAUCACGACUCAGGCUCUGCAACGCAAGUUUCAGAGUGCGUUACCACGAGGACCGUCUCCAAAGAUAAAGAGUUGCAAUGGAAGCUUUGAUAAUCAAAACUGAGACAUAUGUUGAUAAAUACACAAUGUCGAUCCAGACGAGUUGAAAUGUAACAGUGAAAAGCAGCUGUUCUGAUAAAAAAGUUAGUGUUGUAUGUGGAUGGUAUGCAAGCUAUGGAUAUAACUUUUGGGCAAUGCACAUUUACUAGCGCAUUCUGCUUUCCACUGAUGAAUGGGUUACUGCUUUCCUUUGCUGGAUGGGUUACAUAAUGCUUUCCAUUGCUGAAUGGUUUAUUAAGUGCUAGGGAAAUUGAGGAUGAAAAGAGGAAACACUUGAACCACUUUUAAAAUUAACAUAAAUUCUGAAAGCAAGCAUUUUCUGUUAAAGCUGCUUUUACAGAACAGUCCUGUUAAUUAAUUGAAUGACAGAUGAGGACUUGCCUUGACUGCCCCUCUGUAUCAGACAUAGGAUUGGUCAAUCCCGACACUGCCUUAAAGCUUCAUGCUUCUUGGAACAGUGACAUCAAGGAGGAUGUUAAUAAGUGUGCCAUACUGAGAUUUAAAAGGCAGUAGUUGAGAUACUCUGUACAUGUUGAGGAAACACAAUCUAUGACGAGUUACUUGAACUGAGUGAGAUGCAUCACAUGUUUUUAAUGUGGGUUCAGUUAGUCGUCAUUUUAUGAGGAAGUAACUGUAUCUAAUGGACUUUGUUUGGAAAUUGCACAUUGACUAGGGACCCAAUAUGUUUGUGAGCUAUUGUGUUUUGAUCUUUGUUUGUCACUUUUUUCUAAAAUCUUAUAUUGCAUGAUAUUUUUUAUUUGCUACUGUAACCAAAUAAAAUUUGUUACAUUAUUUUA